CGUGUGUCAGUGCGCGUGUGGUCGAGUGUGCAUGCGGCUGUGAGAGUGUGGGAUUAUGUGUUCUGUCCAUGUGCAGUUUUUGGUGAGAGACUGGGUUGUGUGUUGGUGUGUGAGAGGGCCUGUCACCGCAUGGGGAAUGGGUUUGGGGAAGGUCUCUGUGGGGUUUAAGACUAUGUGAGAGUGGGUGGCUGGGUUUAUGUGUGCAUUGUGUGACUUGAGCAGUAGCAGAGCGAGAGGGAGACUUGUAGUAUGUGUGUGUCCUGUGUCAGACCGUGUAUUAUGUGUGUGUCCUGUGUGCUGCGAGAGAGUGGAGCUGUGUUGUAUCGUGGGGACCAACUUCAUUAGUCAGUGGGACUGACCUAUCUGCUUAACACCCAGCAAAGACAGACCCACGCCAGCACACUUAUCUUCCCUUCCUUUCUGUGCCCUGGAAUCCCUCUCAUUGGUCUACUGCUUAUUUUCUGUUUCCCUGUCUCAGUUUCCUUUUAUUUCUUUUUCUCUCCUUACUAUUGUCUUUCUAGAGCUGUCAGUCAUCUGUGUCUCCUCCUCACAGUUUUGUCUGCCCAGGUAUCUCUUGUGUAUCUGCCUCUCAAGUCCUCUGCAUCUCUGUCUCUCUCUCUCUGUCUCUGUACCCCUGUGCCUAGCUCCCCUGCUCACCUUUGUCUCUUUGGGUACAUGGAGGCCUGAAUGGUGAUGAGAUGUGGGAUCUGCCAUGCUAAGAGCUCCCUGAAAGAGGGGCUGAAACCAUCAUGAGGAUUUGCUUUUAGGGAGUGCUGCGUCCCCAUCCCGGGGCAGAGUGCUAAGUGUCUGUGUGUCUGUGUGUGAGGGUAUGGGUAUGAGUCUGAGUGAGGGUGUCUGAGUGUGUCCAUGUGACUGUGAGUGGCUAUAUCUGAGAGUGUGUGUCUGAAGGUAAGUGUGGGUCUUGUGUAUCUGGCACCAAGGGACCAAAGGCAUUUCCUGGUGCUGGGGCCCAAAGAAUGGAGGGGGAGAUGAGCAGCAGCUGCUCAGGGUUGAGCAGGGUCCUGCUUGCCUUGGCUGUAGCCCUGGUGUCUGCCGCCUCCCCCUGUCCCGAGGCCUGGGGCCCCCCAGGGGUCCAGUAUGGGCAGGCUGGCAGGCCCAUGACACUGUGUUGCCCUGGAGUGACUGCUGGGGCCCCGGUGUCCUGGUUUCGGGACGGGGAGACGAGACUGCUCCAGGGACCUGACUCUGGGCUAGGGCAUGAACUGGUCUUGGCCCGGGCAGACAGCACCGACGAAGGCACCUACAUCUGCCGGACCCUGGAUGGUGCACUUGGGGGAAUUGUGACCCUACAGCUGGGCUACCCCCCAGCCCGCCCUGUUGUCUCCUGCCAAGCAGCUGACUAUGAGAACUUCUCUUGCACUUGGAGUCCCAGUCAGGUCAGCGGUUUACCCACCCGCUACCUCACCUCCUACAGGAAGAAGACCGUACCAGGAGCUGAUGGCGUGAGGAUGAAUCCAUCCACAGGGCCCUGGCCAUGCCCACAGGAUCCUCCAGGGGCUGCCCGUUGUGUAGUCCAUGGGGCAGAGUUCUGGAGCCAGUACCGAAUAAAUGUGACUGAGGUGAACCCGCUGGGGGCCAGCACACGCCUGCUGGAUGUGAGCUUGCAGAGCAUCUUGCGCCCUGACCCACCCCAGGGGCUUCGGGUAGAGUCAGUUCCUGGCUACCCCCGCCGCCUGCAUGCCAGCUGGACAUACCCUGCCUCUUGGCCCCGCCAGCCCCACUUUCUGCUCAAGUUCCGACUGCAGUACCGUCCAGUGCAGCAUCCGGCCUGGUCCACGGUGGAGCCAGCUGGAUUGGAGGAGGUGAUCACGGACGCCGUGGCUGGGCUGCCCCACGCUGUACGAGUCAGUGCCCGGGACUUUCUGGACGCUGGCACAUGGAGUGCUUGGAGUCCUGAGGCCUGGGGAACUCCGAGCACUGGGCCUUUGCUGAAGGAGAUGCCAGCUGAGGGACAGCUACAGAAGCCCCUGGAGAAAGAGCCUCAGGCAGACAGCCCCACUCCCCCCAGGCCCUCCCUCCUGCCAGACCCACAGCCACUUGACCACAGAGACCCGCUGGAGCAGGUAGCAGUGUUGGCAUCUUUGGGAAUCUUCUCUUUCCUGGGACUGGCAGCUGGGGCCCUGGCACUGGGGCUCUGGCUGAGACUGAGACCAGAUGGGAAGGAUGGACCCCAAAAGCCUGGGUUCUUGGCUCCAGUGAUUCCAGUAGACAAGAUUCCAGUGCAGUGAACCUGGAAUAAGAAGGAAUGGAAGAGUCCUGGAACCCAGCUUCCUGGCAGGCCCUGGUGUGAGGGGCAGAAACUGAGGACCGCAUCUGGGAACCUGUUUCAGGGGCUUCCUUGUGAUGAGGAGCUUGGCAAGGAGAAGGGAAGUAAAAUGAUGAGUGGAAGCCCAGGUGACAGAGGAGGUGAUUGGAAGAGGAAGAGACUGGUUCAUUUUCACCGCCUCCCCCACAAAGACAGCAGUACCCUACAGCCAUCAUUGAGAAGGAGCUAGGAACAAAAAGGCACCAGAAAUGUUCCUGGAAAUCGGGUAUUGGUUCACCAAGAGACAGCGUCCUCGGAGUUGUUGGCAUCACUCAGAGCUGGGGUGUGGGUGUAAGGGUUAGGGUUUGAGGGACUUUUACAUGGGAAGACCACAGCACUGAAUAGAAUUCAGGAUGCCUAUCUGCUGCACCAUAGCUUUAGUGUUCCUUUCUUUUCCGUCCACGUGCACUAGCCUCCUCUUCCUCUGGAAGCCCAGGCUAAAGGAGAUAGACCCUCUACAGAGAAGGGCAGCCAGAGGCCCCAGGACCCAUCCA